AUGUGGAUCGCAGGGGUCUAUGCUACGUCAGAGGAAGAUAGAAAUGAGAUUGAAGAAUUUCACAGACAGAUGCGAGAAGACGUUCAGCCAACCGCCAGCAGCAUGCACCUAAUAAGCUAUUCAGUUGAGCUGGAACAGUUGGCGGAAGAGUGGUUAGCACACCGUGAUUAUCGAAACCCAGACACGAAGAUAUUUCCGCAGUACGAAGGCGUUGGACAGAUUAUGACGGCUCAACGUACUGAAAAUCUCACCUUUAAAGACACGUACUAUUAUCUUCGUGCCCAAAAAGAUUUCUACGAUUUUGAGAACGAUGAAUGUGAGGAUUAUUGUGGCGACUAUAAGCAGGUGAGCAACAAUUUAUGA